GAAAACUAUCAUCCUCCUGUUCUUUACGUUGUUGAAUUAAAAAUUUCAAGAAUAUAAAUAAAUUAAAAACAUAAAAAAUGUUUGAAAAUGGUGAAUUCAUCGAUGACAUCGAAGAUCUUAUAUCAGCCGAUGAUAUAAAACCCAAAGAACGAUAUGCAAACAAAAAGAAUGUCACCUUACGUGCAAAAAAACGCAUCACAAUUGCCACCGAAGAACCUCCACCACGAGAGAAAAAAAUCCACGAAAGUGUCAUCCCAGGAACACAAACAGUCUUCGUCAAAACAUGGGGUUGUGCUCACAACAAUUCCGAUUCCGAAUACAUGGCUGGUCAAUUAGCUGCUUAUGGUUAUAAUUUGACUAAUAACAAAGAAAAUGCCGAUUUAUGGCUACUCAACAGUUGCACUGUGAAAAAUCCUUCCGAGGAUACAUUUCGCAAUGAAAUCGAAUCGGGAAUGAAAAAUGGUAAACACGUGGUAGUGGCCGGCUGUGUGCCACAAGGUGCUCCAAAGUCAGAAUAUCUCGAUGGGAUGUCUGUCAUUGGAGUUCAACAAAUCGACCGAGUUGUCGAAGUUGUUGAAGAGACCUUAAAGGGACACAGUGUCCGUUUGCUUCAAAACAAAAAAGUCAAUGGUAAACGUGUGGCUGGAGCUAAACUUGCUCUGCCCAAAGUUCGUAAGAAUCCAUUGAUUGAAAUCAUUGCAAUCAAUUCGGGAUGCUUGAAUCAAUGCACUUAUUGCAAGACAAAGCAUGCCCGAGGCGAUUUGGCAAGUUAUCCGAUUGAUGAGAUUGUAGAACGGGCCAAACAAGCAUUCGAUGAAGGAUGUUGUGAGAUAUGGUUGACAUCGGAAGAUACCGGAGCUUACGGAAGAGAUAUCGAUACAUCUCUUCCGGAAUUGCUUUGGAAGCUGGUUGAGGUUAUUCCCGAGUCCUGUAUGAUGCGGGUGGGGAUGACAAAUCCUCCAUAUAUUCUUGAGCACUUGGAAGAGGUGGCAAAGAUCUUGAACCAUCCUCGGGUGUAUGCUUUUCUCCACGUGCCCGUGCAGAGUGGAAGUGAUAGUGUUUUGGGAGAGAUGAAGCGGGAAUAUUGUCGCAAGGAAUUUGAACAUGUUGUGAAUUUCUUGCGAGAACGAGUUCCUGGGCUAACAAUUGCCACAGAUAUAAUUUGUGGUUUUCCGAGCGAAACAGAGGAUGAUUUCGAAGAAACUAUGACACUUUGUGCCAAGUAUAAAUUUCCAAGUUUGUUUAUUAAUCAAUUCUUUCCACGACCAGGAACACCAGCCGCUCGAAUGACUCGUAUACCAGCAAAUCUCGUCAAAAAAAGAACCAAACGAUUGACAGAUCUUUUUAAUAGCUAUGAACCUUAUGCUGGACGAGUUGGAGAGGUUUAUAAAGUUUUGGUUACUGAAAUUUCUCACGACAAGAAACAUUAUGUGGGACAUAAUAAAUAUUAUGAACAGAUUUUAUUGCCAAUGAAGGAGAAUCUUCUUGGAACAGCAGUAAGGGUGAAAAUUAUAGCAACUACCAAGUUCAGCAUGAAUGCUGAAAUUAUUGAUGAGGAAGAUGAUUGGAAGAAAUGUAGUAAAAAGAAGGAAACACAAAUUAAUGGACAUGCUAAUGUAGCCAAGAGCGCAUUUGAAAAAGAUUCAAAGAUUAGUAAAAAGGCUCUUGGUUACUUUUUGAUUUGUGUUUUUGUUGCUUUUAUUGCACAGUUGUUGUUGAAAUUUUUAUAAAAUAAAGAUAGACAUUUGAACUUGA